AGCGCUUUCCGCUGGGAAAUUACGGGGUCCCGCAGCUCCAGGAUGCUGGUCCGAGAGCUCUGGGGUUGAAUUCUGUGUCCUUGAAGGUUGAUACGAGAUUGGCCGAGGAGCCCCGAUCUCGGUGGACCUAACAACUGAAACGUGGGUGGUUUGCAGGCGGAGCCGUGGCUGGACGGCCUGGAACGUGGGUUUCUCCCGGAUCGGGGAAGGGGUGCUGGGGGAACCGACUGUCACAGUUGCUUUGUUAGAGGCAAGUGAGUGCCAACAGGGGUAAGAAGUUGGUUCAAGAAUUUCCGAGAGUGGACAGCGAUAGCUGGGAGCUGGACGUUUAUCCUGCGAUUCUGUCAUGCAGGAAUCCUGCUGUUUACCUCAGUGACAUUCAGCUUGUCCAUCCCAGAAGCACAAGAGUCAGUGUUGCAAGGCAGCGGCAGGUAUUGGUCCUGCUGCCUAGAUUUGGAUAUUCUGUUUCAUCUAAAGCUCUCUGUUUUGACCAGCUUUCAGCAAAGAGAGAGCCUGUGUAUAAUUGUUUUGAGUGGAAGAAUAUAUGAUUUAGCUGCACCAAUUUUCUCUGGACUUCAGUUUGCCUCACAGCUAUGUUUCCAGACUGCUCCCUGUAUUGCAAAGAGCAACAGAAACUACAUGACCAUGUGGAGUUGGUGUCAUUUGAGGAUGUGGCUGUGGAUUUCAGCUGGGAGGAGUGGCAGGACCUGGAUGAUGCUCAAAGAGCCCUCUAUCGGGAUGUGACACUGGAGACCUACAGAAUCUUGGUAUCUUUGGGGCACUGCAUUCCUAAACCUGAGACAAUCAUCAAGCUUGGGCAAGGAAUAGAUCCAUGGAUGGGAAAAGAACCCCCACACAAGAGCCUUCUCGGGCACAAUGUUCCAAAGCCUGAGGCAGUUGCCAAGCUGGAGCAAGAAGUAGAGCCAUGGAUAGGAGAACCUUCAGAGAAGAGCUUUCUAUAUGUCCAAAAAAUGGAUGAUCUAAUGGAGUCAAGCCAGAAAAGGCCAGACCAACAUCUGUGGCAAGAUGUAGUCACCAACAGCAACACUGUGGAGAACAGUGAAUCAGGAAAAACAUUCAUUUUGAGCUCAGACCAUGUGUCAAAGCUGAUGCUGAACAAUGAAGCCUUCUUAGGAAUGAAGACUGAGGAGUUUAUUUUGUAUCAAGAUGUGCUUCUCUCUGAUGUACCUGAUGAGAUACAUGCUAGAGAAAAACCUGGUACCUGUUACAUUACUGGGAAAUCCUUCAGAUGUCCUGAGCAUCCUACUCAGCACCAUGAAACUCAAUGUGGGCAGCAAGAUUUUGAAUAUAGUGAAGAAGGGACCACCUUCAACACAAAGACUGUCCUCUUUAUACAUAAAAGAAUUCAUAUGAGAGAGCCCUCCUGUAUGUAUAAUGAAUAUGGGAAAGCCCAUAACAAGUCAGCUUUCAUUGUCCAAGAAAUAACUCAGGUAGGGAAGAAAACUUUUGAGUGUAAUAUAUGUGGGAACACAUUCUACAUAAAGCCUAUACUCACUAAGCAUAAGGAAAUGCACACAGGAGAAAGCCCUACUGUCUGUAGUAUAUGUGAGAAAUCCUUCAUUGCAAAAGCAAACCUUACCCAACAUCAGAAGAAACACACAGUGGAGAAGUCCUAUGGGUAUAACAAUUGUCCAAAAUCUUUCUUCCAAAAGGCAAACUCCACUUUACAGCCCAGAAUUCACACUGGUGAGAAACCCUACAAGUGUAAUGAAUGUAGGAAGUCAUUCUACCGUAGAUCAGACCUCACUGUUCAUCAGAGAACUCACACAGGAGAGAAGCCCUAUGAAUGUAGUGAGUGUGGGAGAUCUUUCAACCAAAAGUCAAACCUUAGCAGGCAUCUGAGAACUCACACAGGGGAGAAACCUUAUGAAUGUAACAAAUGUGGGAAAUCUUUCAAUCAAAAGUCAGACCUCAUUUUGCACCAGAGAACUCACACAGGAGAGAAACCCCAUGAAUGUAAUGAGUGUAGAAAAUCUUUCUACAAGAAGUCAGACCUUACUGUACAUCAGAGAACCCACACAGGAGAGAAACCCUAUGAGUGUACUGAAUGUAGAAAAACUUUCUAUCAGAAAUCAAAACUCACUGUACACCAGAGAACUCACACAGGAGAGAAACCUUAUGAAUGCAAUGAAUGUGGGAAAUCUUUCUACCAGAAGUCAGACCUCACUGUGCAUCAGAGAACCCACACAGGAGAGAAGCCCUAUGAAUGUAACAAAUGUACAAAAUCUUUCUAUCAAAAGUCAGUUCUUACUGUACAUCAGAGGACUCACACAGGUGAGAAACCCUAUGAGUGUAAUGAGUGUAGAAAAUCCUUUUGCCAGAAGUCACACCUCAGCAGGCACCAGAGAAGUCAGCACAAGGUAGUAAGCUUGUGAAUACAGAGUAUAGGAGGCAUUUUAACUCUUAUGUCCACAAGUAGCAAAUAUCAGGAAAGAACCCUAUUAAUUUAGAGAAACUUUGUCACAAAACCAUCCCAGAAAACUUCAGAGAACUUAACAUGGAAAAAUCCUACAUGUAAAAGAUAGGUUAUGUGUUCCCCUAAAACUAUUUAAGGGAAUAUGAUCACAGGUGAUAGACAUUGUUUCCAGGCCUGGAAACAGGUGACCAUGUAGUACUUCUGAGUUCUCCUGCCCUUACGGACUCAAGUCAGAUAAUUCCUAGCAUGGAUUUGUGAGCUACCAGUAAGAGAAGGCUUUUAUGAUUUGAGACAAAUAUUGAUUGAAAGUAUAAAUUUUUCUACCUCUACACUAAAAUCUCCCUUUAUGCUGUACAGUCAUGACAAAUAAUUAUUAUGCCACUGUAUAUGUUUCAGCUACUUUUGAAAAAAAUACCCCACCAGAAACAACUUGCAGAUGAAAAGUGUUUUAUUUUGGUUUGCAUUUUAGAAGGGAAGUUUAAUGAUGGGGAAGGCAAGACAGGCUUACUCAUCACAUUGGCAGGCAGGAAGCAGAGGAUGAACCAGAAGUGGGACCAUGCUAAAAAAAAAAAAAACCAAAAAAACCUUAAGGCCAA